UAUGAGUGGCAUUUGCCAGUGUCACACAUUUGUUCAGUGAACGUACACGUCUCAAUAUUGUACAAUUUAUUUCGUACGUUAUUCUCUAUUUUUAUUGUAGGCCGACAGUGCUGUCGUUGCGUAUAGGGACUUGGUUACAGUGUCCAGUUUGUGCGUGCAUUUUGUCGGCCUUGAGAUAUUAAUUUAGUGUCAGGUGCGGUAAAUUGAUGCAUCUGUCUCAUUCGAAUGGUUCAUUGCAGAAUGUUGGGGGCAGGUGCGCCCGUGGCUUUCUUAGUGAAUGAUAAAGGUUGAUGAAAGGGUUACGGUUUGGGAGGCUGCGCAGUUCGAGAUUUCUUGAUCAUACGAGGCAUGCUUUUGCUUCCGGGCUAGCGGUCAGAGAUGUUAGAGCAGAGCGCACAGUGAACAUCCACAACGAUAGACCGAGCAUCGAUGCUUCGUGCAGGCAGGAUGGAGGAGUUCGUUACGGAGGAAGAUGAGCCAUGGUACGACCAACGGGAUUUGGAGCAGGAUCUGCACCUGGCAGCUGAGCUGGGGAAGACCCUUUUGGAGCGCAACAAGGAGCUGGAGGACUCCCUACAACAGAUGUACAUCAACAAUGAGGAACAGGUGCAGGAGAUUGAGUACCUGUCCAAGCAGCUGGAGAUGCUGAGGGAGAUGAACGAGCAGCAUGCCAAGGUCUACGAGCAGCUAGACGUGACGGCCAGAGAGCUGGAGAUCACCAAUGAGAAACUGGUUAUAGAGAGCAAGGCCUCGCAGCAGAAGAUAGACAGGUUGACGGGUACCAUGGAGACACUGCAGGCUCAGGUGGAUACCAUGACAGCUCGUGUGGAGGAACUACGUACACUAGAGGAGCUGAGGAACCACAGAGAGGAGCGGGAGCGACGCAAGACUGUCCACUCCUUCCCCUGCCUUAAAGAACACUGCACUGCACCAAAGUAUGAGGAUGGCUUCCUGGUGGCCAACCCCGGCAGUGUGGACCUGGUGUCUGAGCGUGAGCGCCGGCCGCUGGACGAGGAGAACGAGCGUCUAAAAGGUGUGGUCUCCUCCCUGAGGUCCGCCAUGGUGGCAGAACGGGGCCGGAGGGAGGGGGCAGAGAGGGAGUGCACAGCUGUGCUGCAGGAGUUUGAGCUUAUGGAACAACGCCUCCUGGGGGCUGAGGGCUGCCAGCUGCGAGUGCGGGAGCUGGAGGCGGAGCUUCAGGAGAUGCAGCAGCUGAGGAGGUCCCGGGUCUGUCUGUUGGAUGAGGGUCUGGAGCAGACCCUGCUCAACAAUGCCCCCGAGACCGACACACCCGAGGAGGGACCGGGGAAAAAGGAGGGAGGGGAGGGGACGGGGGAGUCCGGGGGGACAGGAGGAGGGGUGCAGCAGGGAGGCCCCGUGAGGAAGAGUUGCAGCGACACGGCGCUCAACGCCAUCUCGGCCUGUGACGCCUCUGGCAGGCGACAGGGCAGCUACGCAAUCCACGCCAACGGCGUGCGCAAGCGGGGCAUGUCCAUCCUGAGGGAAGUGGACGAGCAGUACCACGCCCUGCUGGAGAAAUACGAGGAGUUGCUGGGGAAGUGCCGGCGCCACGAGGAGAGCAUGUGCCACGCGGGGGUGCAGACGUCACGCCCUGUCUCUAGAGACCCCUCCAUGAAGGACUGCGGCAUGGCCACCCCCGGCCCCUCAGCCAUGGCUGCUGCACCCACCACCCCGCCCCAGACCCCCUCCACCCCAGAGGCCCUGGAGGGCAUCAGCCGGCAGGUAGACCAGGUGGACAAGAGGCUGGGCCAGAACACCCCAGAGUACAAGGCCCUGUUCAAAGAGAUCUUCUCCCGCCUGCAGAAGACCAAGAGUGAAGUGAACUCCACCAAGGGUAGGAAGUCCCCAAGGGUUGGAAGUCCUAAGGGGAAAAAGUCCAAAGACAAAUGAGCUGCUUUCGUGAUACUACUGAACAUGACCUCUCCUGAUACUACUGAACAUGACCUCUCCUGAUACUACUGAACAUGACCUCUCCUGAUACUACUGAACAUGACCUCUCCUGAUACUACUGAACAUGACCUCUCCUGAUACUACUGAACAUGACCUCUCCUGAUACUAGUGAACAUGACCUCUCCUGAUACUAGUGAACAUGACCUCUCCUGAUACUAGUGAACAUGACCUCUCCUGAUACUAGUGAACAUGACCUCUCCUGAUACUAGUGAACAUGACCUCUCCUGAUACUAGUGAACAUGACCUCUCCUGAUACUACUGAACAUGACCUCUCCUGAUACUAGUGAACAUGACCUCUCUUGAUACUAGUGAACAUGACCUCUCUUGAUACUAGUGAACAUGACCUCUCUUGAUACUAGUGAACAUGACCUCUCUUGAUACUAGUGAACAUGACCUCUCUUGAUACUAGUGAACAUGACCUCUCCUGAUACCACUGAACAUGACCUCUCUUGAUACUACUGAACAUGCACUGAAAACAAUGGGUACAAAAGCCACAGAUUUUUUUUCUGAAUUAGUUUCUCUUUGUUUGACCGUGUUUGUUCAAAGGGGUCACUUGAUGACAGGUUACCUGUACUUCUGCACUGGGGAAAUGAUACAAUCUACUGUGGAUGAUCCCCUCAGCUGUUUUAUCUUUCUGGAUACAGCCACGUUUCACCCAGAUGUACAAUGAAUUGUACCUCUGACGACAUUCAUCAUCUGGGUAGAUGAAAUGCCUUGAUUCUUGACCUAAUUUAAGAUCAUUUAUGACAACCUAGUUCUGCACUAAAAAUCUGUUAGACCCAUCUUUGGUCAAGACAAUCCAGUACAAUGUUUAAAUGACUGAGCGUGUAUACUGAGACUGCACUAGUUCUAUUUAAAAUGUAUCAAUAAUUGCUAUUUAAUGUUUUUGAUGACUGACAAUGAAUAACAUGUGCAGAGCAAUUCAUAAAAGGUGUUUUCAAAAACAAUCCUGACGUUCUCAAUGAAUAACACUGUUGCCUUAACAUCUUAGGCUUCACGUAUGCAUCUAUCCAACAUAUACAUUGGUUUUGAAAUCACUAGGUGAAGCCAGUAGACUUCAAUUGAGGGAGUCCAUGGUACUCCAGGAAGCGACAACUUGUUCUAAAAUAAAUACUGUAUGUAAACUGUAAAACUAUCAGUGUAUUGGUCAAUUUACCUUUUCUAAAAGGAUUCUCAAUAUAUGAUAAUGUUGCCAAAAUGGAGUUAGGUUGUCCAAGCUAGAGAACUGAGGACCUGCUGAUGCUGUACUGUGUAGAAAUGGAACUCUCAACCACACUUGACUAAGCUACUGUAACUAUGUGCUCUCUAAGCACCGACUCAGACCGUGGGUACAUCUCCAUGACUCCUUGUUUCCUGAACUGCUUAUUUCAAGUACACAAGGGGCUUUAGCUGCCCUCUUAUCAGUACUUUGGCUUUUCAUUUGACUAUUUUCCUUGUUCUCUUCUAUGCUGGUGUGUUCUGGAUGGUAGACGGGUGAAGAUGGUUUACAGAACAUUGUACUGUAGAGCUGAAUCAAUAACAGAACAGUGUAAAGAGUGUAAACAUGACUUUGAUUAAAAAGACACCGUGAGCUCCAGUCUGAAGACUUUAAUGUGACAGGUGAACAGUGUUCUCCAGGUGGCACACAGAAUCAAAACCAUACUGAAACAAUGAUCCAGUGAAGCAUACUGAACCACUGAAACCAAACAAAGCCCGAGCCCUACAUCACAAGUUAUGACAUUGAUUAAUGGAGUGUAGAAAAAUAUAACACGGUUUUGUAUUAAGAGGUCUUGGCUGUUCUCGUUCUACUUAACUCUGGGUCUGUGCACAACUUAGACCUGACCUAAAACAUCAGGCCCAAAGUUAAAAACUAUUUGAUGUUGAGUUCCCAUUCUGAAUGUCUGACCUUAGCAGAGAGCAGCUGGUGGUUGUAAAGGCUAGGACGCACAGCCAGUUUUGGUAAUCCUGGAGUUGAUUCAUACUCGAGGUGAGCGGAUUAACAACCCUUGUGUGACAUUCCUCUCUGCUCACAAGGGCCACCAGCAAGGCCCCAUAUGAGACGCUACAGCAAUGGAGUUAGUGACUGGAAGAAGGCCUCAAGGUCUGCUUCGAGGGCAUUUGACAAGGAGCUCAUUUCUUAGUUGUCAACAAAACCAGGUUCUUUAUAUCAACGUAAACACAUUCACAUCAGCAAACAGCACUAAAGGUGGUCCACAUUGAGACCACCUGACGCGGUGAGGAGGGAAGGGAGCAGAGAUGUCUGCUGUUCUCUUUCCUGGUCUACUUCUACUGGCUAAUCUGGAAAGAAGGUACAAGCAUCUCAAUGGUCUGUCUGUUCGCACCUGCACUCAGCCUAAAACUCUUUUACUCAAACCCUAUAGGAGGCUCUCGUAACAAUCUGACAGUUCUGUUCUGAAGGCAAAUGGCUCUGUGAUCAUUUCCUUCAUCGUUAGUUCUACAGGAAUCCUCUUUAAGGCCACAUGGCUGCUGAAUGAACUAGGUAGGGAGGUGAAAACCCUGACCAGGAAGAGGCACACUUGCACCUUCAGCAGGUGGUCACAGUUCCUCUGGUGGACUGCCGGUAAGUGCUGUUCAAUGCCACCUCUUAACGCUUAGGAAUUCACACUAGUUCCAGAAUAAACUAAUUGUGUGGACUCUGGUACAUAUAAUCUGCUCAAAGGCUUUCCACUGACAGAGGGCAACGUCCCCAACAAAGAGUACAGAGUGUGGACCUACCACAGCCUUUAACACACAGCAACACCUUUACAAGGCAGAUCAUGGUUGUAUAAAACAAUCAGCAGGAAGGGGAAAGGAUGGAAUUCACACAGUUGAUUGACAUCCAUAUCAAGAGCAUUAACAAAUCAAUCUUUCAUUUUUUUCAUAUAAAAAAAAAAGGUUCUAUACAAACUAACCAAAACAAAUUCAUGAUUUGCUUUCUCCACAUAUUCAAUACUCAGCAUCACAAGGAGUGUGUGUGUGGGGUGUGGGGGGGGUGAAUGGCAUGACAACGUGAUUAGAAUGAAACUACUGCAGGGAUUGGGGUGGACGAGAGAGCAAUUUGCCUUAAUUAC